GGAAUAGAGUGAGCGAGAGAGAGAGAGACUAGGAGGGAGCUCGCGCUGCCGUUCCCUGGGAGCUCGCGCCGCCGCGAACUGGGCAACUCUCCUCUUCCGAGGAACUUAAUAGCGGAUUUGCAAUAGGAAAGCUUCAAGUCUCCGGCCCGUGCAAUGGCCGGCGGUUUCUCCGCUUUGGAAAGAUGCCACCGCGCCGGCUGGAGGGUUGCAUUUCUCUCGUAGCGAUACGGGACUCCUCGUAGAAAAAGCGGCGUGCGUGUGUGCGUGUCAGAGGAAUCAACAGGGAGGUGGAGCCGGAGCUAUUGCUGCAGCCAGCAGCCAGGGAAGAGGAGGAGGGAGAAACGAAGGGAAGGAAACUAGAGCAUGAAAUCCCGACUCGGGAGGAGGAGGAUUCCUCGUUGUGCAAACUGCAGUGAAAAGAGGAGGAGAUGCAACUGGUGUAAUUGAGAGAAAGGAAUUCCCCCUCGGAGGCACUUUUGUUAUUUAAUUUUUUUUGCCGAGCCAAUGACGGAACCUGCUUUUCUAGCUCGCUGAGUGGAUGGCUCCUUGUUAUUUUUUAAAUGCACGGGCGUGUGCGGUGAGAGGAAAGGAAAGCAGCGUGGAGAGGCAUUUAAAUCUGUCUCCAUUUUGCACGAGCCAGAAAUUCGGGUGCAAGGGAGCAGAGAAAGCGGCAGCCUGGAGCGGACCCAAGGAGCAGCCGUGACGUUGCAAAGUUGAAAGGCGGUGGAGGAGAAGAAGAAGAAAGAGGAGGAGGACGAGAGGGUCCUUCCUUCCAUCCAUCCCUGCUUCCUUUGGGACGGCGAGGAUGCUGCUGGCCUCGGCGGUGGUGGUGUGGGAAUGGCUGAACGAGCACGGGCGCUGGCGACCCUACAGCCCCGCCGUCAGCCACCACAUCGAGGCCGUGGUGCGCGCGGGGCCCCGCAACGGCGGCGGCAGCGUGGUCCUGGGCCAAGUGGACAGCCGCCUCGCGCCCUACAUCAUCGACCUGCAGUCCAUGCACCAGUUCCGCCAGGACACCGGCACUAUUCGCCCGGUGCGACGCAGCUAUUACGAUCCCUCCUCAGCUCCAGGAAAGGGUGUGGUAUGGGAGUGGGAGAAUGACAAUGGCACCUGGACCCCCUACGACAUGGAGGUGGGCAUCACCAUCCAGCAUGCCUAUGAGAAACAGCAUCCCUGGAUUGAUCUCACCUCCAUUGGCUUCUGUUACAUCAUUGAUUUUAGCAACAUGGGGCAGAUCAACCGACAGACCCAACGCAAGCGCCGGGUGCGCCGCCGACUUGACAUGGUCUACCCACUGGUCACUGGCACCUUGCCCAAAUCCCAGUCAUGGCCAGCAAGCCCUGGUGUGGCCAGCACACCCCCUGCGCCUGCCUGCACCUGCCCACAGUGCCUCCUUGUCAUGAGUAUCAAAGCAGCAGUAUCUGUUGGGAGCAAUGGAGGGCUUGGAGCGGCAGCGAGCCAGCAGCAGUUGCAGACACAGCAGCCACAGCCACCGCCACGGAAAGCCGUCUCCCUUUCUGGAAGCAGCAGACUCCCAACUCCAGCCUCAGUUCUCAAGCCACAAGAUGGAACGGCCACCAUGCGUAGCUCCUUGAAAACCCUGGCGUCCCAAGUGAGCCGGAGGCAAGCAGCCAGCACACCAGCCCUUACCACAGCGAACUCUCCUGCCAGCCCUCCUGGUGCCAAUGGAAAGGUGACCCGUGCCAGCCUUAAUACACUGAACCGUACCAACCUACAACGCCUGGCAAUUGCACAGUCCCGUGUCCUGAUUGCCUCAGGGGUCCCUACAGUUCCUGUGAAAAACCUCAAUGGCUCAAGCCCCGUCAAUCCAGCACUGGCAGGAAUCACAGGGAUCCUCAUGAGUGCUGCAGGGCUGCCUGUUUGCCUCACUCGGCCUCCAAAGCUGGUUCUGCACCCCCCUCCUGUCAGCAAGAGUGAAAUCAAACCUAUCCCUGGGAUCUCCAAUACUUGCCGCAAGACCACCAAGAAGCAGACCAAGAAAGGUAAAACCCCAGAAGAAGUUUUGAAAAAAUACCUACAGAAGGUGCGCCAUCCUCCGGAUGAGGAUUGUACCAUCUGCAUGGAACGCCUCUCUGCCCCCUCAGGCUACAAGGGACCUCAGCCAGUGAUCAAGCCAGAUCUGGUGGGCAAGCUCUCCAAGUGCGGUCACAUGUAUCACCUCCACUGCCUUGUGGCCAUGUACAACAAUGGAAACAAGGAUGGGAGCUUGCAGUGUCCAACUUGUAAAACCAUCUACGGUGUAAAAACUGGUACCCAGCCUCCUGGAAAGAUGGAGUAUCACCUUAUUCCCCAUUCAUUGCCUGGACACCUUGACUGUAAAACCAUCCGAAUUAUCUACAACAUUCCACCAGGGAUGCAGGGACCAGAGCACCCAAAUCCUGGGAAGAGUUUUACUGCCCGUGGUUUCCCUCGACACUGUUAUCUGCCUGAGAGUGAAAAGGGUAGAAAGGUGCUGAAACUGCUGUUAGUAGCUUGGGAUCGGCGGCUGAUCUUUGCCAUUGGGACCUCAAGUACCACCGGCGAGUCCGACACAGUGAUCUGGAACGAGAUUCACCACAAGACAGAAUUUGGCUCCAAUCUCACUGGCCACGGCUACCCGGAUCCCAACUAUCUAGACAAUGUGCUGACUGAGCUGGCUGCUCAAGGCAUUACAGAGGAGAGUGUAGCUCAGGAAAAGGAUUGAAAGUGUGGGAGGAGAGGAGGGAGGCAUUGCCCUGGGGGCAGAGCUGCCGGUAGAGCAGUUUUCCAUGGGCCAGCUCCUUCCUCUUUCCACUGUGCCUGCUCUGCCCUCUCCUCCUCCUCCUCCUCCUCCUCCUCCUCCUCCUCCUCCUCCUGCCACAGCCGCCAUCUGCCUCUUAAAAGGUCCGGCUCUGCCUCUGCAGCGGUUUGCUUAGGGGCUUCUCAGAUGAGGAGCUGCUGGCCUGCUUCCAUGCAGCCCUCAUCACCCUUGGUUUACCAGAGCAAACAAACCUGGGAGAAUUUUCCCCUCGUUCACCUCGAGUAUGGGGUGGAAUGUCCUCAUGAGGCCUGAGGUUAUAUUAACCUUGAAGCAGCUUCAUGUUUGUAGCUUAGACAUCUGGCCUUGCCCCUUCUUGGGGGCGUGGUGACAUCUUUGUGUGGGGAAAUUGGAAUCCCACAUCAGAUUAUGUGAAAUCAAGGUAUGCCUUGGGGGCAGGCAGUCCCAUAAGGAAUCUGGUGGUACCAGUCAGGAGCCAAUAAAGUGGCUCCAUUCCAAAAGCACUGAGGAUUGAAACCAGUCCUGGUAUUUGUUGUCUUCUCUCUCGCUCUUGCUCAGCUAGGUGCCUGCUUGAAUGUUGUCAUGUCACUGCUUCUUUCAUGUCCUGGGCACCGUGUGAGUCAGAGAUGUGCUGUUUGCUGGUCCGAUACUUCCCUCCCCAUCAGCUCCAUGCAUUCCUUGGCUGCCUCACCCAGUCCUGUCGAAGAAAGCUAAGAAGCAGCCCUGUUUCCUGCUAGGAUCUGUCCCAAUUGUAUAGGGGGAAGGAGGCUGGAAAUUUCUUCUCUUCAGUACAUUCCAAACUAGGCCAGGUAUAUGCAAGUCUCUGUUGUACAUUGCGACGCAAGCUAAAGCAGAAGUAAACAUGUUUGUUGACAGGUGGUCUUUGGACCUAACUUAAGCAGGAGCAGUCAGCCUCUUGCGUGCUUGAAUUUUAUGUAUCAGAAUUUGAGCCAGUCUGUUCCAGACCAAGUCAGAACUAUUUCUUGCUCCUGGCAGCUGGAUUUGCUGGACCCCGCUGGGUUCCCUGAUGCAAUACUGACUUGGUUAGGUUUUUUGUCAGAUCUCGAGACCAAUACAGAGCCAUGUGCCCCAACUGUUCUCUCUCUGUUCUGUUAAUUGCAUCCUUGUUGGAUUGUUUCAUGUCUGAUCUUGUUUCUGUUAUGGAUUAGAAUGACUGGAGUUAGGGAGGUGGGGAAAGGUGAGACAUUUUGUGGUUUUGCCCCACAUCUUCCAAGGUGGGUUCUUUGAACUUAUUUGUAUGGGGAAGUCUCCUGAAUAUGGAUUUGAAUUGAUUUUACCUCAUGUUUUGGGGUUGUCAUAUGUAUGUAUAUAUUUAUAUAUGUGUGCGUAAUGUAUAAGGAAGACUCCAAGGUUAGGAUGUGUAACACAACGGUACUUAAGUUAGGGCUGGAGGCUAAGUUCUACCACUGAUGUAGUUUGCCAUGGCAGAGGUAGAAGUAGGCAACCUGAUACUUUCCAAGUGUGCUGGAUGACAAGUCAUGUUGGCACCAGUUAACAUGAUCAGCAUCCAGUGAUAAUGGAAGCUGUAGUCCAGAACAGAUGGAAGGUAACAAGUAACCUACCCCUGGUACAGAAAUGAGACUGGCAGUCAUCUUGAAAUGAUUGUAGCAAUGGUCCGGCAAGUCCAUGUCUAUCCCUCUCUUUCUUUGAUAUUUUAAUAAAUAAGACAUUGGCGUUUUAAAGAUCUUAACAACCCAGGUGAAAUCUCUUGUGAGGCAGAAUUGGAUAAAAGAAGGAAUGGGACAGAGUGAAAGAGAGAGAGUAAAAAGGAGCUAGUUUGUGGAGGUGACUGGAUGCUGCCCAGCUUGGUGACGGUGGUAGAGUGUGUGUGUGGGAGAAGAGGAGCCCGGAGGUGUCACAAGGGUUGUUAAGUCUGCAGCACACCUUCAAAGCUACGUACUGAGACAAAUGAUGGGGCUUCUAGGCCCAUGUCACCUCAAGGUUCUCAGCAGCACUCUCUUUAAAAAGAACAUGUUAAUAUUACAACGUGCCAGCUUCCUUCUGAAAAUCUAAAUUGGUUUCAGAAAUCAUUCCCCCUAGGCCUUUAAUGGAGAAGCUGAAAUUAUGUCCUACUUGUCCUUUCCUAAUUCUACAUCCCCUAAGGGUACAUUCUUUAAUCUUUACCAGUGUUACUUUUAAAUGAUAGUAACAAGGAGCCAAGGGAUAGCACCAGAUCUGAAAUGCCUUGGCUUCCAUCAUACAGAGGGAUCCCUCCUUUUUCAUUAAAUCUCAACCAGACAUUUUCCUGUUGGGUUCACAGAGACGCACGUCUUCCCUUUAGCAGAUUUGAUUUGAUCAAGUGGUGUUUUUAAGGAGUAACAGGUCCCAUUACAAGCAAGUUUCCCUUUCCUUUCUUGAGAAGUUGUCAUCCUUUCCCUCCACAGUAGCCAUGGCAUCCUCUCAGUAGUGACGUAGCCUCCAGGAUAGGAGAGGGCUCUUGAAGGGUGACCUUUUAGCCACUGUCAUCUCCCAGCUGAAGAAGGGAGUCAACUCGCCUUUUAUUUUGCUUUCUUUUGGCUGAUUCAUUUCUUCUUUAAUUCAGCUAUUAAUAAUUUUGUACGUCAUUGAGAAUGAUCAGCCUGAUGUGGCACUGUCAUGAGGAAUGACGGGACGGGUCCUUUCCCCCCCUUCUUGUCCUUGUCAUGUCCCAGAGCAGGUUGAGGGGGUGUUGGUAGUGGUAUUGGGGGUGGGCUGGGAGGGGGCAACGGGGGAGCCAUACUGUAUAUUGUUUGUUUGUUGUUUGUGAACGGUGCGUUUUGCCCGUCUUUAGUUUGUUGCAUUGUUUGAGGAUGGCACCCUUGAGGGUGCAACAAUAAAAGGAAAACUCCACUGCCAGCUUGAAUAA